CCACUCCUAACUCCCUCCCUCCCUCCCUGCCUGCCUGCCUGACAGACGGAGCAAUGCGAUGGCCUUUGCCACGCUGGGCGCUGGCGAUCUGAAAAGCAUCUGAUAGUGGAUAGGAUAACAAGCAGUGUGACGGCCCACCCGGCCCGCAGCCACCACCAUCCAGCCAUCUAGCCAAGCUGAAGAAUCCAAGCCAGCAGCCAGCCCAGUUGGCUAUUGUGCAACAGCCGAGGUUAAUGUCAGAGCCAGUCCCCCUCCCCCCUCCUCCUCCUCCGCACCUCAGCAGGCCGCACCUCAUCCGGUAGUCACGAGUCACCACUACCACCACCGCACCACAGGGGGGCGCCGCGCACUGCUGUCGAACAUGACUCAUGGGGAGGACACUGGCCCUGAGACGCACCAGGAUUCAGCUGUUCUGACCUAUCUGGAGGGUUUACUGAUGCAUCCCGUGGCCAGCGGGCCCGGCAACGCCACGGCAACGCGGAGGUCAGAGGCCGACCGAGGCGGCGGUGGCGGCCUAGCCGCCAAUGACGAGCAGCGGCGGAGCAACCCUGUGGCGGGCGCGCUCCCUCAAGCCCAGCCGCCAUUGGCCAGCCAGCACGGCCACCAGGCUGGGCUGAGGGAUAAGGUCAGCCCCACUGGCGGUGCCAGCCAGAACCUGAAGAAGGCCCGGCUGCUGCGCUCAGGUGCCUGGGGUGUGGGUGUGGACGCCGGACAGCAGCAUGGGGACAGCCAGAGGAAAGGAGCCCUCAUGCAGCCCUCCUCCCCUGCCGCAGUGGCCCACCUCCACCUGAACGAGCAGGGUGGAGGAGGAGGAGGAGGAGGGGACCAGCUGCUGCAGAGACCUGGCCAGGAUGGCUCCCCCUCGCUGGGGGAGAGCACGCUGCUGGCGUCCCUGCUCACCACCUUCAGCUCCAGGCUGCAGGGAGUGGCCUUGUCGCAGGCUCUCUCCCACCAGAGCCCCAAGCAGCAUCAUCAACAGCAGCAGCAGCAGCAGCAGCAGCAGCAGCAGCAGCAGCAGCAGCAGCAGCCGCAGCAACAGGGAAGGGGAGCACAGAAUGGCGGCACAAGCUCCCCGGACCAACGGCACAACAAUCUCGACGCCUUCCAGGACUACGGCACAGCCUCCAGCCGCCUCAAAGGCCUGGUGCGGAAGAGCCAAAAGGGCCCGACUCACCACAACAACACAAGUGUGCCUUACAGCCGGCGAGCCAGCCAGGAGCAAAUGGCCGCCUCAGAGUCGCCGCGUCGCAUGGCCAUGAGUCCAGCAGCCACGGCGCCACAGCAGCAGCAGCGGGGAGGGGGAAGCUCCUCAGAAUCCUCUUCCUCCUCCUCCUCCUCCUCCUCCUCGGUGUCGUGUGCCGAGAGGCUGAAGGCCGUGGCUAACCUGGUGAAGACGCGCUCCAGCCCGGCUCCCACCACGCCCUCGCCCCGGCCCAGCAUGGCCUGCAGCCAGCUGGCCCUGCUGCUCUCCAGCGAGGCCCACCUGCAGCAGUACUCCCGCGAGCAGGCGCUCAAAGCACAACUGGCCGGCCAGUCGGCCAGCGAGAGGCUGGCGGCCAUGGCCUCGCAGAAGUCGCAGCCCUCCAGCCGCCCUCCCAGCGCCGGAGGUGUGGUGUUGGGCGGGGUCUCCUCUGAGUCUCCUCGGAUGGGGAUGGUGGGCAGCCCUGACAUGCUGAGGUCCCUGAACGGUGGUGGGCACCAGAACCGGACACCACCCCCACUACCUCUCGGGCCUCUGGGGCUCGGGUCUGUGGGCUCAGGGAGCCGAGGGAGUCCCUCUGUGAACUCAAUGCACAGUGGGCACAGUGGCAGCAGCAUGUCUCCCCUGGCCAGCCCACCACAGCAGCAGCAGCAGCAGCAGCAUCAGCAGCAGCAGCAGCCCCCGAGGGAGAGGCGCCACUUGGACUCCAGGCUCGGCUCCUCCAGGCCCCCGCAGAACUGCAGCAGCCUGCUACUGCUGCUCCUCAACAACCACAACUCCCAGAAGCAGCUCACCAAGAACGGGCACGUGGAGACCGAAGAGGAGGAGGAGGAGGAGGAGGAGUUAGAGGAAGAGGAGGAGGAAGAAGAUGAGGAGGACGGGGGGGAGGAGGAGGUGGAAGAGAAACACCAGGUGGUGGUGGUAAAGACGGAGAGUGUCCCUCCUCCUCCUCCUCUUCCUCUUCCUCUUCCUCCCAGCCGUGCACCUUCUCUGUCUCUGGACAUCCAACAGGUGGCAGAGCGCUACAGCAGCCCAGCCAAAUCGAGCAGCGACGCAGACAGCUACUACUCCAGUUGCUCCCCCAUGGACCUCUCCAUGCGAACCACCAGAGUCGCCAGCAGCCACGAGUCAGCACUGGCCGCCUCGUCCACCGCCUCGUCCUCCUGCUCGCUGGAUAAGCUCACAGAGACUCUGAUAAACAAAUGGAAGCCAGAGGCUGCGGGCCCAAAGGUCUCCGCGACGAUGACGAGUCCAGACAGAAAAUCCCAUCAUAAGGUCACCCUCAUGCAGCUACUGUUGGACCGCAGAAACUCUGAGAAGGUAAACAAAAUCAGAGAUAAUCCAGAUUUGCUGCGUGACGCAACGCUGAGCUGCAAUAGCGGCAGUGGCAGUGGCAGGGUGUCCGCGGACCCACUUAAACUGAUUGGUGAGCCAUACGAGGCCAGCAGCAGCAGCAGGUUGCAGAGCCCGGUCAACUGCCAGGUCGCUCGGGCCAUGACCGGCUUCUCACGCCGCAGCGAAGAGAAUAAAAACGGCAGUCCGUCUCCGUACUCCUCCUUCCACUCUCCCUCUCCGCAGAUGCAGUCCAGUCCCCUGGACCUGUGCAAGUCUACUAAGCCGUCGUACCCGAAUGACAACAAGGCGGCCCCAGUGAACGCAGCGGCGACAGAGCCUGGUUUCAGUGCCAGUAAGCUCCUGCAAAACCUGGCGCAGUGCGGCCAGGCCAACAAUGUGUCCCCUUCUCCUCCGCUGCCGCUGAACCUGCGGGCCAAUAGCAAGCGCCCGAGCCCCGGGCCCGGACUGGCCCUGGACCGGCCCGCCUCCACUCUGCUGGAGCGCCUGAACCGCCCCGUCGCCCAGCAGCAGCGGAACAACAACGGCAGCCCAGCCCUGGAGCCCCUCCCCCUCUCGCUGCCCUUCGGCAGUUUCACGCCGCGCAGGAGAGAGCUGUCCUCGUCGUCCUCGUCGUCGCCUGCAGCAGCAGCGGUGGCGGCCUCCUCCGCCAUGUCGGCCACGUCGCAGAUCGAGAGCCUGCUGGAGAGGCGCACCGUGCUGCAGCUGCUGCUGGGCUCUGCGCCGCACCACGCGGAGAAGCCCGGCGAGAUGAGGAGCACAGACGUGCUACGGCAAGCACAGCAGCUGCAUCAGCAGCAGCAGCAGCAGCAGCAGCAGCCACCCCCACAGCCGCCAAUACAGAUGUCACGAGCGACGAGCGUAGGGAAGCGCUCCUACUCCCCCCGCAGCCCCGAUAUCCGCUCAUAUAACGGCUCCAACGGCCCGUCGCUGAUCGCCGACAUCAAAAUCAAAAGCGAGCCGGAAGAAGAAGAAGAAGAAGAAGAAGAAAGCCAUCUCUCAGGUCCCUCCGAUGGCGAACUCGAGAGGGCACACUACAACUACAACUACAACUACAACCACAACAGUCACCGCCGUGGCAAGUGCGAGAGGUACGAGUCGCCGGUCCCCGAGCGGCACCAGGAGGAGGUGAAGCCGGAGCCGGAGCCGUGUCCUGCGGACAUCGUGUCCAAGUACGGCCUCCUCAGCCAGCUGCUGAAGCAGCAGACCAGCACCUACAACCCCGGCACGCCCACGAUACCCACCAUCCUCACACCCACACCCACACACGCCCACAACAACUCCAACUCCAACGCUGUGAAGGAAGAGAAUCAGGACGGCGGCAGUCGUGGCGGGCCCAGCCCAAAGAGGAGGAGACUGUGUCUGGAGCUAGCGGAGCAGCUAACUAGCGAGCUCUGCGCGAGACCCGUCGUCGAACCGUACGAGCCGCUGAACGGCUCCAGGCUGCUGCUGAGCCCCAAGGCGGAGGUGUCUCCGGCCAGAAGCCCCGUCGGCCUCGGCCUCGGCAACAAAUCCUUCUCACGAGACCACCAAGGCUUCAACGUGCUCAAGCAGCUGCUGCUGUCCGACAACUGCCUGAGGGGGCUGUCUCAGGACAGGGGAGUCUCCCGCGGUUCCGGCCUGGUGCCACCCCAACCUCCACCCCCACCCCCAACACACGCCAAGGCCAACGGCAACCUGCUGCACUCGGCUCCCUACCACCACCACCACCACCACAAUAAACUCUCAGAGCUACCGUGGCAACCUCCGUCUCCGAGCCCCGCCCCUGGCCCUGCAGCCCCCGCCCCCACCUCUGCCCAUUGGCCAGUCAGUGGCAACGGUUUCCACGAAUCGCCGCCAAGCAACAGCAGCAACACUGCUCAGGCGACGAGCCCAAAGGCCGUGAAGAAAGAGGAGGUGGAGGUGCAGCUGGAGGAGGACGAGGAGGAAGAGGAAAGACAGGAGACUCUGAGGCGGGAGGAACAGGAGGAGGAGGAGGAGGAGGAGCAUCAGGAGGAGGAGGAGCAGGAGCAAGGUCCCGGCAGUCCCGAGUCUCCGCGGCUGACGCGGGCCAACCCCAUCCUCUACUACAUGCUGCAGCAGGGGAAAGGGGAGCUGAGGAGACAGGUCAGGGGUCAGCAGCAGAGUCCGAGUCCGAGUCCGAGUCCGAGUCAGAGUCGGGCGACCCAGUGUGAGAUUAAGGUGAAGGAGGAACCGGCUGCGACGGACGAGGAGCAGCAGCAGCAGCACGACAGUCGCGAGCUCGCCGAAUACGAAUACGGACAUCAUGGGCACAGACUGAGCACCUCGCAGUAGAAGCUCCCCACCUUCACAUGCUCAACAGACUCGAUUCAUUUUUGAGCUUGAUGGAAAACAUGGACUGCCACUGGCUGCAAACAUUUUUUUUUUUAAUUUUUUGAAAAGGCUUACACCCAGUUCAUUCCUUUUUUUAUUUAUCUCUUUAUUUUCUUUCUGCUCUUCUUUUUCUUUCUCUCUCUCUCUCUUUGUUUUACGGACUAUCCAAAGUUACAUAGUACUAUGACCAAUACAGCCAAAUCCAAACAAUUCAGUUCACUUUCAAAGCAUUUUUUGUAAUUCACUGUUCAGAGUUCAGCAUGCUGUUUCAUGAUGACGGUCUGAGUACCAAAUUGUAUUAGAUAAUGUUUUUUUUUUAUUAAUCCUCAGCUGGCCACCCAAAUACACUUUUCAUGUAUUCAAGGUCAUCACAGUCAAAUUUGAUUGUGUCUCCUCCUGAUAUUCUACUUUGUUACACUUCACUGCUCUUCUGAAAACUCGCCUUCUCCAUCCUACGCUGUGAGCUGUAUGAAAGGGCAACACGCCAUUGGAUCAUAUUGUCAAUUCAGGAAAUAUUUCUACUGCAUCCACUUUCAUAAUGGUUUAUAUCACAAUCAGGGGCAUUCCAGCUUUUUACUACAAGUAAGGGAAAUUUGAAGAUAUACUGCAACGUGAAGCACAACACUACAGCAACAACAAAUAUGUAUUAUAUGUGGCAUUAGCGAGAUGGUAACUCAAGGACGGACAAUAAAAAAAAAUCAGUGCAACACACAAUACAGAAUCAGGACUAUGAUAAUCUCAGUGGAAUCAAUUUUGGCAUUGGAUUCCUGUCCAACGCAGCCAAGUGAACCCUACAUACGUAACCCUGUAAUCCCAUCGCACCAACAGUAAUCUGGGGUGCAUUUCUUGAACGCGUAGUUGUUAGCCUGUUAGCAACUUUGGUAGUUGCCAAUGGGAAAUUGCAUUGCAAACAACAAAGUAACUAACAUAGUUAGCAACUACGGUUUCGAGAAACGCACCCCUGUUGAGAGAUCCACAACUGUAGCAUAGACAGAGGAGCAUGUGACAUUCACCUGCUGUCAUUACAUAGUUGUUCAGUAGUAGUUCAUCAUGGUUUAUCAUAACCAUUUCAUUUUCAUAAGAAGUUCUGUUUAAUAAAUAAUGUUUAACGAAGUCGAAAGGCAUGAGCGUCUUGUAGCAGUUAUGAAAAAAAACAAAAAACAGGAAAUAGUGGUUUGUUUUGUACUUUGUCUAAAAUAUAAAGCAGCUUGUAUGCUUUAGGCUUUUAUACUCUAAAAGUAACUUUUGAUGGUCAGAUUUGGCACCUGGUAUCCCUGGUGAUGUUCUUGGGCAAUCAGAUGCGUGAAGAUGUUGUCGUUCAACCUGGAUGGCAUUCAGUCUAUCGAAAAACAAAGCAUAUCUGCUGUAAGGUUACUUAAAGGUAUCAAGUAAAUCUUUUUUUGUGGGUUGGCUGAUUGGUUGACGGUGCGUCUCUGUGAGUGCGUGUGCAUGUGUGUGGGUGUACUGUAUGUAUCCGCGUGCGUAUGCAUGUGUGUUUGUAAGUGAGGGACACCCCCGUGUGUGCAUGUAUGUAUACUGUAUGUGAGUUUGUGCACAUAAACCUCAUCCAGGUAUGUUCAUGCAGUCUUAAAAAAAGUGAUCUUUUGAAAUGUUUAAAAAAAUGAUACAGUACAUGAAGCUCCAUGUCUUUAAACCAUUGAACAUGUUUGACACAAUUAACAUAUUCUGUAAAUAGUGCUUUCAUUACGAAAGACAAUUAUUUUGUAUUGUUCAAAGUUACAUAAAAAAAAAUAUUGCCCUAGUUUUUAAAAAUGCCCUAUGAUGUACAGUGAAGCAGACACCACGUGUUCUAUAAUGUACAUAUCGUGGCAGAGAAUGUCCUCUGUUCUUUUGCAUGUUUCAGUGUCGUGAGUGAGCUGAUGAUAAUCUUACUUCUUGCAAGCCGUCUUGUUAUGUCCACUUGCUCUCUCUCCACUGAUGCCUGUUGCAUGCUGCCACUGCAUGGAAAGGACCUGUCUAUCAGUACUAGGACUGGGCCACUGGGUCUUGAAGUUUAAACAAAAAAAAAUUAAAUUAAUGUUUUAUCGUGGGCAGGUUGUUAUUUAACGAGAAAAAUAUGAAAUACAGUACAGUACAGUACAGCAACGGUCUGUUUGAUACAAUCAUUUGACGUUCAAAUUACUUGUGAUGACAAAUGUGACGUUAUCAUCUUUUAUUUGUGCGUGGGUGUGUGCACGCAUGUGUGUGUGCAUGCGUGCGUGUGUGUGUGUGUGCGCGCGUGUAUUUUGUUUUGAGAAAAUGGAGUACUCUGUUACCAUUUUGCAUUUUUCAUUUAAGUCACUCCUCAGUCUGAAACUUAGGGUGGCCUGCACUGUGCAUCAAAUACUUAACUUCAGUUUGCAAAGUAACCUUUUUAAUUUGAAUGAGACAACCAGAAAUACUGUUUCUUUUUUAAUGUCAUUUUUGGUGUUUAUUUGCACUGACAACCUAAAUAAAAAAAAU